CCGGUGGCCAACAUGUUCUCGACCUUCAAAGCUGCUGCAGUCCUUGCUCUUGUGGCCACGGCAUCCGCUGAGGGCAUUUUUGACUUCUAUGAAGACAUCACGUCGAUUUGCCUUGCUGACCAAGCUCAAGCAACCCGCUGUUUGAACGACGCCCAGCCCAUCAAGUACCAACUUGCCCAAGCUGUGGCUCGUAUUCGCACCGGGACCUACUGCACGGCGUGGCUGUGGGGGUCGGAAGGCCACUUGGUCACAAACAACCACUGCGUCCCGAACGCGACCGUAGCUAACCGGACCCGAGUCGAGUUUGGCUCCGAGUGCUCGACUUGCGCCGACCCCAACAAUGAUAUCAGAGGUGCCUGUGUUGGAACGUUUGUCGCCAACAGCACCACGCUUGUGUUUACGGACAAAUCAUUGGACGUGUCGGUGCUCAAGUUGAACUUGAACCCCGGUGUGAACUUGACCCAGUACGGGUACUUGCAAUCCCGCGCCGCGAACGUCACGUUGGACGAUCAAAUCUACAUUCUGGGUCACCCCCGUGGUAAACCGAAACGCAUUGCGUUCUUGAAUGACGACGGCACGCAUGCUCGCAUCACGAACACGUCCGCGAAAUCCCUAUGCCGUGAGCAAGACACGUUGGGGUACAACGUCGACACCGAAGGCGGAAAUUCUGGUUCCCCCAUCUUGGGCGCCCACGACAACAAGGUCGUGGCGUUGCACAACUGCGGGGGGUGCCAAAUUACUGGUCAAAACACCGGCAACAAGAUGACCAAAAUCGUCGCCCUCUUGAAGUCUCAGAACUUGUUGCCCAAGGACGCGGUGGCCGAUGACCACUGCUAAGUGUUUGUUGUUGUGAUGAUCUCGUCCGAUUGUUGUGCUCUUUGUACGCGUUAGUUUAAAAUAGCAAUACAAUCGGUUUGAAGUGUCCUUA